AUGGAAUGGAGAGGGAGGCGGCCCCGGCGCCCCGGAAGGUACUUAAUUCCUAAGCGUUUAGAGACGGAGCUAGCUGGAGUUGUCUUUGGCUCCUGGAAGAAAAAGAAAGGACCGAAAACGGUUCGGUUUAAGGAGAAUGGAAACAGCUGGGAACCAACCACGCGGUCGCUUCGAACCUGCUUCUGCGGCGUGAAGGAAGAAGGGGACCGAGAGAUCUCCAGCUCCAGGGACAGCCCCCCGGUGCGGCUAAAGAAGCCCCGCAAGGCGCGCACGGCCUUCACGGACCACCAGCUGGCGCAGCUGGAGCGCAGCUUCGAGCGGCAGAAGUACCUGAGCGUGCAGGACCGGAUGGAGCUGGCCGCCUCCCUCAACCUCACCGACACGCAGGUGAAGACGUGGUACCAGAACCGCAGGACCAAGUGGAAGCGGCAGACGGCGGUGGGCCUGGAGCUGCUGGCCGAGGCGGGGAACUACUCGGCGCUGCAGCGGAUGUUCCCGUCGCCCUACUUCUACCCGCAGAGCCUGGUCUCCAACCUGGACCCGGGCGCCGCGCUCUAUCUCUACCGCGGGCCCAGCGCGCCCCCGCCGGCUCUGCAGCGGCCGCUGGUGCCGCGCAUCCUCAUCCACGGACUGCAGGGGGCCGGCGAGCCCCCGCCGCCCCUGCCGCCCCUGCCGGGGGUCCUGCCCCGGGCCGCGCAGCCGCGGUGA